UACACUCGGAUUUGCUAGUAUCAGUGGUGCAGCGUAUUUACUUAGUAAUCAUUAUAAGAAAAAUAUAGCUCGUUAUGAACAAGCACAAAAUAAUUUAGAAAGGUUAGAAAAAUUAUUAACUAGAAUGGAAAAUUCAAAUGAUUAUUAUUUUUAUUUAAAUGAUAAUCAAUAUCCCGGUAAAGCCGAAAUUUUGAUUGACCUUCUUAAUGAAUUUAAAGAUGAAAUUU